AUGGCUCUUAUAACUAUUGUUGUUUUAUCUUUCGUGUUUUUCAUUUAUACAAUUGAAAGUGUUUCUGGAAGAAAACUUUUGGGAGAGGAGAAGACAACCACUGGAUAUGGGGAGGGGUUAAGCAAGAUUAGAGGAAGUUUUGGGUGUGAAGUUGGAGAAGGAACUUGUGGUGAGAUUAGAGGGAAAAAUGUGUUGGAUGGUGGUAUUGCAGGAAACAAAGGGUUAGAUGAUGUCAGCAGAGGACAAGGAGGCUUCAAUUUUGAUAUAAUUUUUGGACCUCGCACUAUAAAUGAAACCAACUUUGAAGAAAUAUCUCUCGUUGCAGACUCAAAUAAUAACGGAGCAAUAACAACCGGGGGAGAUAUAAGUGGAGAUGGAGUUGCAGCAGCAGCUGGAAUUGGAGCAGGAGCUGGAGUUGGAUCUUUUGGAAAAGGAAACUUAGCCGGACUCGGAGCUGGGGCUGGAAGCGGAGCUGGAGCUGGAGCUGGAUCUGGAGAUGGAAAUGGAGCUGGAGCAGGAGCUGGAGUAGGAGCUGGAGGAGGGGAUAGGGCUGGGGCUGGAGUUGGAAAUGGAGCUGGAGGUGGAGCCGGAUCAUCUAGACCCGAACUGGAGGUGUAA